CCCACUGCAGCACAUAUCCAUCACAAACACUACAAUAUAUGGGUUCUCAAGAAGAGCUCCACCAACCCAUCUUAAGCUCCGUACCAGAACCCGAACCCGAAUCCGAAUCAGUAGCCUCUGCUAGUCAUGGCGAGGAGUCAUCUCUACUUGAGAAGGUACUAUCCGACACCCAGUUGCCGUGUUUCAAGAGGCUCCGAUUGGCCACAUGGAUUGAACUCAAGCUCCUCUUCCGCCUUGCUGCUCCUGCCGUCUUCGUUUACGUCAUCAACAACACUAUGUCACUUUCUACACGUGUCUUCGCCGGCCACCUGGGUAAUCUCGAGCUUGCAGCUGCCUCCCUCGGCAAUAGCGGCAUCCAACUCUUUGCCUACGGCCUCAUGUUAGGUAUGGGAAGCGCGGUGGAGACUCUAUGUGGGCAAGCCUACGGUGCCCACAAGUACGACAUGUUAGGCAUAUAUCUCCAAAGAGCAACCAUAGUCCUAACCAUCACCGGACUUCCACUUCUUGCAGUCUUCAUCCUAUGCAAGCCCUUAUUGCUUUUAAUCGGAGAAUCAUCAGCCUUAGCCUCUGCAGCCGCAGUUUUCGUCUACGGUCUGAUCCCACAAAUCUUCGCUUACGCUGUCAAUUUUCCAAUCCAAAAGUUUCUCCAGGCCCAGAGAAUUGUUCUUCCAAGUGCCUACAUAUCUGCGGCUACGCUUGGGGUGCAUUUGUUGCUAAGUUGGGUGGCUGUAUACGAGUUAGGUUGGGGGUUGAUUGGUGCCUCGUUGGUUUUGAGCUUGUCCUGGUGGAUCAUUGUAAUUGCUCAGUUCGUCUACAUUUUGACAAGUAGCAAAUGUAAGCAGACAUGGAGUGGGUUUAGUUUGCAGGCGUUUUCGGGGUUGUGGGAGUUCGUGAAGUUAUCGGCUGCAUCGGCUGUGAUGUUGUGCUUGGAGGUGUGGUACUUUCAGGUGCUAGUGUUGAUUGCUGGCUUACUAAAGGACCCUGAGCUUGCUUUGAACUCUUUGGCUGUAUGCAUGGCGAUAAAUGGAGUACUGUUCAUGGUUUCAGUUGGAUUUAACGCAGCUAUAAGUGUGCGAGUAAGCAAUGAGCUAGGUGCUGGGAAUCCAAAGUCGGCAGCAUUCUCGGUUGUGAUAGUAACACUAGUGUCGUUGGCUAUUGCUAUAGUUGAAGCCGUCAUUGUGCUGUCGCUCCGCGAUGUAAUCAGUUACGCCUUUACCAGUGGCGAAACUGUUGCCGAAGCAGUCUCUAAACUCACUCCGUAUUUGGCCGUCACUCUAAUCCUUAAUGGGAUUCAACCUGUUCUCUCUGGGGUGGCUGUUGGGUGUGGAUGGCAAGCCUUUGUGGCAUAUGUGAAUGUGGGAUGCUACUAUGUGGUUGGAAUCCCAUUAGGCUGUCUUCUGGGAUUUAAGUUCGAUCUUGGUGCUCAGGGAAUAUGGUCGGGGAUGAUAGGAGGAACAUUGAUGCAGACCAUCAUCUUAUUGUGGGUAACAUUUCGUACGGACUGGAUUAAAGAGGUGGACACGAGUAAAAAGCGUUUGGAAAAAUGGGAUGACUCUAAUAAACAGCAGCAGCAACCUCUUCUCAAAAGUUGAUCAAUCAAAUUGAUCGAAGGCACAAGUUUCCAACAAUAACAGUUUGCUAAUCAACUUGAUUUGAUUAGUAUAACCCCAACCCCACACCCCCCCC